AGGGAUGUAUAAUUCUACCGUUACUUCAUCCCACUUUUUCAUGAAGUCGGGAAAUCAAAAAUGAAUUAAUUAAUAAUGGCGCUGAAACACUAUAACUUCAGCUUGCAAGAAAGUAAUAAGUUGUUGCGACCAUGUUGGGUUGCCGGCCAAUACAAAUGGGCUACAACUCAAUCUGCCAAGCAUUUGGCACUGGAUGAAAUUAGAUUCGCGAACGUUGUCAACUGUUGUAAACAAAUUAAGGACAUAAUAGAACACAAUCAGAACAGGGAUGAUGUAAAUGAAUUAUGCAAAAGAAGUGUGGCUUUCUCCGACAUUGCUCGCCUUACUUUUGGUGUCAGCUUCAUAUACAACCAUCAGGUGUCCUCACUGCUGAACGACACCAAACGUUUGCUAGAUCAAAUUAAGGGCACCAACUUUCCAUUCGACGAUGUCGUAGCGGCUUCCUCUUCGACACGUGCUUCUUCGAUUUACGUGAGGCGUAAACGCAAGCAAGUGAUCUCUAGAACCGUCUGUGUGUCGAAACGUGCCAGAAUUGCGAGUCCACAGCUAUUGGACGAAGAUCAUAUGGAUUACUAUAGAAAUAUGCUAAAUGAAUCGCAAUUUUGGUCCGACGAGAAUCAACUGUUUAACAUUAAGCAGGCUAUUUUUACAACCGAGCAAUAUAUUAGCAUCACUGAGAAACUGACAGUAGCUGAGUUCGAUGUAGCAGAAGUCGUAGGGAAUGAUGGCUUUGGCGAACUUGGUCAGAUGGAUGAGGAAGCGCUUCAACAGUUUCUACCAGUUAGAAAUUCAUUGAAACGCAAAUCUCCCGAAGCUAAUGAAUCAUCAGAGUUAAGUGUCAAAAAACCUACAUUAACAAAUAUUUCUAUCAAUUCGCAAAAUCAGCAUAAUCUGCAAGAACUCCAUCAUUUUGAUGAGAUUGUGGACAAUGUAGCACCAACAGCUGAGGUAUCAACUAUUUAUCCAACUAACUUUAAUUCAUUAAAAUUAAAUCGGCGAAAUUCACGUAAAUUAAAAUUAAAAAUUGAUAAAUAUAUUAAACUUUCGCGUGGAGAAAUCCUUAAGCAUCGAAUGAAAUAUUACGAAGAUUUAGCUAAUGCAAAUACUGUGGAUAAAAAACCAAAAACUUUAAAGCAAUGCUUUACGUUGCUAAACAGCUUUAAGCAAAGUGUCCUUUUUCGAGUUCAGUUGAGCAGUGAACAAUGUGAAUCGGACUGCGAAUACACACUUCGAGCAAUACUUGAUGUCGAUUACAACGAUGCCUUAGCCAGCAACAUUUUAAACGCUGUUCAAUUACCACAACAAUUAGAGAAUUCUUCUCAACCUCCAAUAUUAACGUUAGAUGAACCACAGGACAAUUUACUACUUGCCCUGGAGUUGCAGCCGUUUAGCAACAUCACUAAUAACAACCCAGUCGAGCACAUUAAGUGUGCUGAGCGUAAUGAUUUUGAUUCAUACAGCAUUAUGAUGGAUUUCCUAGCGAUAUGGCGUGAUAAUCCGGACCUAAAGUCAAUUGAUGCUGACAAGUUUCUCAAAUCAUUUCCAGACCGUUUUAAAGCCGCCCUAGCUUUUAGCCAUUUGUUAUCUCUUUCACGUGAUGGCUUCAUUCAGAUCUCAAAAAAAUUGGGAACGCUUGAAAUGGAUGCCAUUGCCUUGGGCCCAGAGUCCAUAAAGCUCAUCGAAAAUGUUUCGGCGAAUAAUCGUAUUUAA